UUAUCACAGCCUUGCUUUCCGCUUCACAGACACACACUGAAUUGCACAGAUCAUGGAGCCUCGUCGACAAGUCAAAGGUUCCAAUCCAUCCCGGGACCCAAGGUGUGGGCCGACCCACGCCGGUGUGCCUCAGAAGGACGCUUACGCCAGACUCCUCAGCCAGCACCAGAGCAGUAAGUUCCGCUCCUACCGGGACCAGAUCGCCCAGCAGCUGCAGCUGGACCAGAAUGCGACAGAGGCCUCUCUUGAUAAACAGGACUUGGAGCUGAAUAGCGGGUGCCAGGCUGCGACAGGCAGCGAGGCGGACAGCUGCCUGGCCCUGUACAUGGAGAAGCUGAACGAACGCGGAGGCCCGGCCGACGCCCCGAGAGGGAAGCACCAGCAGCAGGCGGCGGUUGCCGGGCGACAGCGCCGCGGCGAGAGGCGGGACACCAACACCAGCCAGGACGGAGACGUGGAGUCUGCAGAGGAGGGGCUUCACAGGCAGCGGCACCCCAAGAAGCAUCGCCGCGGCGAAGCUGGGCCGAGGUCACCCGUGGGCAGCUUUGGGGGCAAUGAAGCGAGCCAAGGGGCCUUGCCCCACACACCAGGCCCACAGGGUGGCGGGAAGGAACACGAGAAGAAAAAGUCGAAGAAGAAAAAUGCGUCAAAAAGCGGUGAAGGUGUUAGGCAGGAGGGGGCUUGCCCUGAUCGGGCUAUCAACAUGCAACCCCAGGAUAGGAACCCUGAUGCCUGUAUAACUCCAGACAAGAGUAAAAACAAGAAUAAAUCGGGCAGAGGAAAGAAGAAGCCUGUGUUUGAAGAAUAUAUGUGCACCGAGGGCGUUUCUGCUGGGUUAAAGAGAGGAGAACUCAUUCAGGGACAAUUGAGAAUUAACCCUAAGAAGUAUCACGAGGCCUUCAUCCCUGCUCCUGACGGUAUGCGGGACAUAUUCCUGGAUGGCAUAGUGGCCCGUAACCGAGCCCUCAACGGGGAUGUGGUCGUGGUGAAGGUCCUUCCCCGGGAGCAGUGGAAGGUGGUGAAGUCGGACACCGACGGGGAGGGGACGAGCGAGCCGGAGAUCCCGCAGGGGGAGCAGAAGGCUGGGCAGCCCCCCAGCCCCGAUGUCGUCGUGGAGGCCCAGAUCAGCGACGCUGCUGAAGAUCAGCCUGACGGGGUGGAGGCCCAGUGCAGAGACACCACCGCAGCUCUGGAGGGGCUGAAUCUCAGUGCCACAGGAUCUUCCCAGCAGAACAACGGUGAAGGUUCAAAUAAGGAUAAACCAUGUAACUCCAGCACUGUCUCGGAAAAGUGCCUUCAGAGGACGGCGAAGGUGGUCUACAUUGUGGAGCAGAAGCACUCGCGGGCUGCGACGGGCUUCCUCAAGUUCCUCCCCGACAAGGACUUCGCCAUGUUCUCCCCCACCGACCACCGCGUGCCGCGGGUCAACGUGCCGCUCGCCGACUGCCCGGACUACUUCGCGUCUCGGCCCGGCGACUACGCCAAAACCCUCUUCGUCUGUCGCAUCACCCACUGGCACGACAACAGCACCUUCGCCGAGGGGCGGUUGGCUAAAAGCCUUGGACAAGCCGGAGAGAUAGAGCCAGAGACUGAGGGCAUUCUGAUGGAAUAUGAUGUGGACUUCUCCGAGUUCUCUGAAGAGGUCCUGCAAUGUCUGCCCCAGAACCUGCCCUGGACCAUCCCACCUGAGGAGCUCUCUAAACGGAGGGAUCUGAGAAAAGAAUGCAUAUUCACGAUUGACCCAGCAACUGCCAGAGACCUGGACGAUGCCCUGUCCUGCAAACUACUCCCAGACGGAAACUUUGAAGUGGGAGUUCACAUCGCUGAUGUCAGUUAUUUUGUGGAAGAAGGGGAAGCGUUGGAUCUCGUGGCCAGCCAAAGAGCCACCAGCGUCUACCUGGUGCAAAAGGUGGUUCCAAUGCUGCCUCGCCUGCUCUGCGAGGAGCUCUGCAGCCUGAACCCCCUGACCGACCGGCUCACCUUCUCCGUCAUCUGGAAGAUCACCCCGCAGGGCAAGAUCCUGAGCGAGUGGUUUGGGCGCUCCGUGAUCCGCUCCUGCGUGAAGCUGAGCUACGACCACGCCCAGAGCAUGAUCGAAGCGCCGGAGAAGCUCUUCCCCGCCGAGGAGCUGCCCCCGUUUGACCCCCGCCACCCCAUCGACGAGAUCCACCAGGCCGUCCUCAACCUGCACACCAUCGCCAAGAACCUCCGAGCCCAGAGGUUCCAGGGCGGGGCUCUACGUCUCGACCAGCUGAAGCUGUCCUUCACCCUGGACAAGGAAAGCGGGAUGCCCCAAGGCUGCUAUGUCUAUGAAUACAGAGACAGCAACAAGCUCGUUGAGGAGUUCAUGCUGCUGGCCAACAUGGCGGUCGCUCACCAGAUCUACCGCAGCUUUCCCAAGCAGGCUCUGCUGCGUCGCCACCCGCCGCCCCAGACUAAGAUGGUGGACGACCUGACUGAGUUCUGUGACCAGAUGGGCCUGAACCUGGACUUCUCUUCUGCAGGGGCGCUCCAUAAAAGCCUGAAUGAGACGCUGGGGAAUGACCAGUACUCCAGCGCCAGGAAAGAGGUCCUCACCCACAUGUGCUCCCGGCCAAUGCAGAUGGCCAUUUACUUCUGCUCCGGGGUUCUGAAGGACGAGCCCCUCUUCCGGCACUACGCCCUGAACGUGCCCCUCUACACCCACUUCACCUCGCCCAUCCGCCGCUACCCGGACGUCAUCGUGCACCGCCUCCUGGCUGCGUCUCUGGGGUGCGGCCCCCAUAUGAGUCUGACCGAGGACGAUGUUCAGAAGCGGGCCUCGCACUGCAACGACAAGAAGACCGCGUCCAAGAGAGUCCAGGAGAUGAGCUCGGAGCUGUUCUUCGCCGCCUUCGUUAAGGAAUCGGGGCCCCUGGAGUCUGAGGCCAUGGUCAUGGGUGUUCUGGACCAGGCCUUCGAUGUGCUGGUGCUGAGAUACGGUGUGCAGAAGCGCAUCUACUGCAAUGCUUUGCAAGGCCUUGAGAACUUCCAUUUCAACAAGGUGGGGAAGAAGCCAGAGCUCACUCUCAUUUGGGCAGCAGAGGACCCAGAGCAGGGUUCUGUGCGGCAGGAGAUCUCCAUCUUCUCCCUGGUGGAGGUGGUGCUGAAGGCGGAUGCAGCCCCCAUGAAGUACAGCGCAGUGUUGAAACACCCGACGGACACCGCAUCAUGAACACCUGCUCCGACUGGCACCACGCGCAACAUACACAUCACUACACCUGCAUCCAUAGAACACUCAUGCAUGUGUGCACACAACACACACACGCACAUGUACACACACACACACACACACACACACACAAACACAUACACACAGACACACACACACACACACAUACACACACACAUACAAACACCAAUACAGCAGUGCUCUAUGCAUACAAACUACACACAUGCAUAAUUAAAAAAAAAAAUGUCAAGGCUUGAAUGGAAAUGCACACAUUGGUUUUUACUAUUAGUCAAGUGGUGUUUUUUUAAUUUAACUGCUGCUUUUUAGUAAACUGUAACACUGUUGGUAAAGGUAGAGCUUGGCUGCCUUUGUCUAAUUGAAAAAGGCCCAAAAUAGUGCAAUGAAUUCAGAUUUUUAAUUUAACUGGAGACCAGCUUGGGUCCUUUUUAAAUACUGCCAGUUCAGCUUUUUGAGCUGAGGAAUUUUUUUUUUUUUGAAUAUUCAAGCUUUAAUAUUUCUUGAGCCAUUUGUUUUGAAUGUAUGGAGAACAAGAAAAUGUUCUUUCAUAAAUUUGUUUUAUGGCAAUAAAA